UUCAUCUGAAACCCUAGACGCUAGAGUUGCCACCAAUUAUUCCCAGGCCUUGUGAUAGUUGGAAAACAUCCAUCGCUAGAAGUAGCUCGCUCAUUGUACCUGGUAACACUUUCAAAGCGAAACCUUUUUUGACAACCAGCCAGCAGCUAAGCAGCAAAAAGUCGCAGAAUGCCUGUUAACAAUAUCUCGGGAAUUAAGCUCUCCAGUGGACCGACGCAUCUCAGAAGUAGGAUCCUUGUGCGAAACCUACCGACUUGCACCCGCCACGAGCUAGCUAGGCUCUGCAUACCAUUCGGCGAAAUCCUUGGCUCGCUGGUCCUCGGAAACCACGGGUUUAUCCAGUUUGCAAGGGAGAGCGACGCCAAGACCGCCAUACAGAUCCUUGACCAAUCCAUCUUCAAAUCGAAGCUUAUUCUAGUCUCGAGUGCCAGCUUCCGUUCCCUCAGGGAAAAUAACAUCACCUUUGGCCCCGCUGGAGGAGCAUGAUCGAGUGGCCUGAUGAUGACGUUGUCGUCGUGACUCAGCAGUUUCAAAAGCUAUGACGAGGAAGAAGAAGAACAGGGUGACAGUCCGGUAGCAGAAUCACGCAAGAGGAAGACUUAGACGCAGGGCAGGAACGAGAGAGUCGACACACAAGGACAACGACGAGGAUGACAAACAAGCCAACAAACUGACUACAAGAAGAACACACCAACUCUCUACAAAAUGAACACAUCAAUAGGCCAAAUAUUUUCGGCCAAUUCACAUAAUCACAAAAAUUCAAACAAUAAUAAAAAUUCUUAAAACUUUGCCCUCAAGUCGGCCUUUUUGAUUUAAACUUCGCCACUGCCCUCAAAAAUGGCGGGUGAUGGAUUUCUCUUCUGUGCUCCGCGGACCAGAUGCUAUCUUUGCUGAUCUAUAUCGCUGGCGAGGAUUGAAUUGGCCAUCUAAGGCGAUUUGAACCUUCAACCGGAUCUAGAAGCAGAUUCUGGGAGAAUACUCAAACCAAUUCGAAAGCUAUACUUUGCGAUGGCAAUCUCUGUGGACUCGACUAUUUUGCUUCUAAUUCUCUUGGAAAUGUUUCAUCUGAAACCCUAGACGCUAGAGUUGCCACCAAUUAUUCCCAGGCCUUGUGAUAGUUGGAAAACAUCCAUCGCUAGAAGUAGCUCGCUCAUUGUACCUGGUAACACUUUCAAAGCGAAACCUUUUUUGACAACCAGCCAGCAGCUAAGCAGCAAUAAGUCGCAGAAUGCCUGUUAACAAUAUCUCGGGAAUUAAGCUCUCCAGUGGACCGACGCAUCUCAGAAGUAGGAUCCUUGUGCGAAACCUACCGACUUGCACCCGUCACGAGCUAGCUAGGCUCUGCAUACCAUUCGGCGAAAUCCUUGGCUCGCUGGUCCUCGGAAACCACGGGUUUAUCCAGUUUGCAAGGGAAAGCGACGCCAAGACCGCCAUACAGAUCCUUGACCAAUCCAUCUUCAAAUCGAAACUUAUUCUAGUCUCGAGUGCCAGCUUCCGUUCCCUUAGGGCCAGUAAAAUCACCAUUGGCCCCGUUGAAAAGGAGGAGCAUGAUCGAGUGGCCUGAUGAUGACGUUGUCGUCGUGACUCUGCAGUUUCAAAAGCUAUGACGAGGAAGAAGAAGAACAGGGUGACAGUCCGGUAGCAGAAUCAGGCAAGAGGAAGACUUAGACGCAGGACAGGAUCACGAAGAGGAACGAGAGAGUCGACACACAAGGACAACGACGAGGAUGACAAACAAACCAACAAAACUGGGAAAACUCUUCCUCGCUCUACAAGAAGAACACACCAACUCUCUACAAAAUGAACACAUUAAUAGGCCAAAUAGUUUCGGCCAAUUCACAUAAUCACACAAAUUCAAACAAUAAUAAAAAUUCUUAAAACUUU